CCACUCAAAUCCUGUUUAAAGAAACCGUCUUCAUUCUUAAAACUUCGCCCAGAACGUGGUUCCCAAACACCUCGCAGUUCAUUAUUCAAGUCGACCAAAUCUAAUCAUUAUAACCCGUAUGCGCGCCCAGCUACUCAACCAGCACGCCACAUCAUAAAUAAAGAUCGAGAUCCCAGAUUACGCAAAAAGGCCGAACAAGAACAAGAUCAACUCAAAAGGCAACAAGAGCUCGCAGAACAAAUCUUAGUAGAACGCAAAGUAUCGUAUGCUUGUUUCGAGCUCCCGAAUCUUUUGCUAAAAAAUCCCAAAGAUUUGAUUUGGCUCGAACAACAUGAAGAAUUCUUGCAAAAUUUACUUGGUGUUCUUCGUUCUAUGAACUGGGUUUUCUAUCAAGUGCGUGUCGAGUGGGCGAUGAAACGGGUUAGGGAACAACGAGAGUAUGUGGAGGCGGAAAAUAGGCUGUUUGCAGCGUUACAAAGCUUCUAA